AUGGAGGUCUACCAGGUGUAUGGAGGCUACCAGGUGUAUGGAGGCUACCAGGUGUAUGGAGGCUACAGGUGUAUGGAGCUACCAGGUGUAUGGAGGCUACCAGGUGUAUGGGCUACCAGGUGUGGAGGUCACCAGGUGUAUGGAGGCUACCAGGUGUAUGGAGGCUACCAGGUGUAUGGAGGCUACCAGGUGUAUGGGCUCAGGUGUAUGGGCUACCAGGUGUGUGGAGGCUACAGGUGUAUGGAGGCUACCAGGUGUAUGGAGGUCUACAGGUUUAUGGGCUACAGGUGUAUGGAGGCUGGUGUUGGGCUACCAGGUGUAUGGAGGUCUACCAGGUGUAUGGAGGCUACCAGGUGUAUGGAGGCUACAGGUGUGGAGGGCUACCAGGGCAUUCGUGUUCCCGUCAAUGUAUCCUGCUACUGCUGGCUGCCUACUCCUAUGCUACACACAAAGUGCACACUACCCCCGUUAUGGCAUGACGGCUGGUUUCACUCGGGAUUCGAAGGCCCAGUUACUAUUAAUGAAGACAGCAUCAGUUUCAAGGGCGUCUGUAUCAAGAAAGACGCCGACCGAUACCUCCUCAAAGACAAGAUUCAUGGCUGCUACAGAUGUCUCGUCAUCCACCAACAGCACUUCAAUGUUCUACAGUAUAAAGAAACUUAUUGCGACCGAAGUAACUCGCUGGAAUACGUUUGUUCCUUAUUGACGGGUGACGCCCAACUGCACUCCAUGUUCCGUCUAAACGCUGAACCUGUCCCCUGUCCAUUCCCCCAUACUUAUACCUUCACUUACAACAGCGGUCAUGCCGAGUGUAAGUACCCGCUAAGUACCGUCGACUCGUGUACCGAAGAUUGGCGGAUUCUCUUUCGGUAUCAAGCUUGUCCGGAUAUCCAAGGCACGGAGAGUGAAAUCGUGGAGUUGGUGUGCCUGGCGUCGUGGAAGGAAGGAAGUAACCGGUUUCUCGUAGGCAAGAGCGAUCAUUGGCUGGCUACCUCUGAUGAAGACAGGUACCAGUGCUUCGUGUACCGGUCGUGGAGUAACGUGACGGCUUCAGGGAUCGUGAUGGCUCAAAGUGGUGACGCUACCUGUAACGGCCUCUACUCCGUCACUGGCGGCUCCAUGACCCUAAUGCUCCAGAGAGUUGACAAUAAUGGUGGCAAAUGUCGGUUCCCUGUGUGGGCGUCUGCACCUCGUUGGCACUCCCUGGAUGGUCAGACAACCCUCCAUGUCACUCGCCGUAACUCAACACUCCGCUUGACCAGUCGUUCCACCAAGGGGGUCGUCACUCACGUCUGUAUGGAAGCGAGGGAACAGACCAAGUACUCGGCCACCUUCGUCACCCGGGUGAUACGGGGAUGCACCAGCGGCUAUAUGUGUAUCUACAUGAUUGCCCGAGACGACCAUCUAAUGGAAUUGAAGAUGGGUGAGUGUUUUAUGGUGUUUUAUGAGUACUCGUGUCACGGGUCGUGGGAUGAGGACGGCCACCGCUACCUGGUGGUGACCCCGACCUCCCGCAGCAGUAAGGGGAUCCGCCGGCUGUGUCUGGUGCUGAACCAAACCUCUGGCCAGCUCUCCCUCGCCUCCUCCACCCUCUCCUGCAGCAGGAACCCUGCCGGGCCUCCACGGACACAUCGCCCUCAACACCACUAGUAUCGGUGGAUGCGGAUCAAACCCCCCGCUGAGUCGAGGAGCGGCGAUGAUGGUGACAUCCAAGCUGGUGGUGAUGGUGCUGCUGGUGGCGAUGCUGGUGACGAUGACGCCGUCUAGCGGUGUGGUGACGGCGUACUGGUGAAGAGGAAACACCAUCACCACCACCACCACCACCAGCACCAGCAUCGUGGACGUCAGUGUGUGCGUGUGUGUGUGUCAUUGUGGAGCGAUAAUCACAACUUACCGUGAAGAUUGUGGCUGUGCAGGAAUCACAUACUGUAGACCAGGAAGAUGAACUGACUCAAAGUGAACUAAUAAUUUGUGUUUUAAGAAGAGACAACAAUGAACAAUGAUUUUUAUGGAACAGAGAGAAACAGAUAUGAUGAUGAUGAAGAAAAUCAAUAAUAAUUAAAAAAAAUAAAAUAAACCCACUUAGAACUGCUAAUAAUUCUGUGUAUUGAAGUUUAGAGUGAUAGUAGUGUAAUAGUGUUUAUUUCGGUGUGGUAGAGUGAACAGCCUGUGUUACUGUAGAUCUGUAACUUGUCAACAACAGCAGCAGCAGAAGCAGCAGUAUAGAAGUUGACCUGUGAACCAAAAAAAAAAAAAACCAAUUCCCCGAUGGUGUCUCGCUGUCAUGAUGUACCAAAGAUAGGCUUUUAAUAUACCCGUAGCAAGUUAGGUUCGCAACUACCCUCCUCCCCCUCUCAUCCCUCAUCCCUCAAGCCCAUGAAGGAGAUGUUGGGAGGUGCCUGGCUGGGUCCGACUGCUACACUGUAAACACGAGGACGUAGAGUCGACCCCCCAGCGACCUCCAGUCUGCGAACUUAACUUGUACCUCGUGUGUGUAAUAAUCAGCUCAGCGCUUAGUCCCUGCUCGAUGACACACACACACACUCACACAUGCACACACACACACGCGCAUGCACACACUCACAAGGGUCCAACUUCAAUACUACUAAUUGGGAGAGACGUAAACAUUAAACCAGAAACUAUGUUGUCCAGUUACCGUAGUGUGGUGGCUGUGUGGUGGUGGAGCAGGCAGCAGGGACCAAACGCUGGGCUCUUAACAAUGAAUGGAGUGGUAGUUAGUGAGCUUGUGGUAGUUUGUGGACACUGGAAAUGAUCCUGUGUUGUAAGGGAGGGGUGAGUGAUGGACCCCUCCCCCGACCAGGUGAAGACAAUUAAUUACAGUGGUUAUUUUGUGCUAAAUGAAAGGAAGCCAUUAAGCUAUAGUCAUCACCUAGUGGCAUCUUGUGAGUAAUUGUGUUAUGUAAAAAAAAAAAAAAAUAAUGAUACUACUGUGAGAUGCUGUUCCUGUAGCACUGAACUAUUGUGUGUGUGUGUGAGUUAGUCUGCAAAAAAAUAUUAUAAUGAUGUGUGUAAAUACGCUCACUGAAAAUGUCUUUACAAAAUAGUGAACUCACAGCAAGCUUGAUGCAGUAAGAUAGUUGUGUGUCAGUACUGUUGGUCUGUGAGAGCUUACAACUACGUGGACGGGAUUAUGCAGAGAUAAAACAAUGGAUUCUCAUAAU